CAGGGACGCGGGGCGCGGCGGCGGGGAGGCUGGGGCGGCAGCCCCACCCCCUGCCCUCCCACGGGGCGCAGAGGCCGGGUCGGGGCGCCGCGGGCAGCGGGGAGCGCGCGCGGACCGCGCGGGAGGGCAGCCGGCCGUGGACAUGGACGUGUACCGCACCCCCGCCGCCGCGCUGGACAACCUGGUGGCCCGCAGACUGCAGCCGUCCGCCGAAUUCGUGGGGGCUGCGCGGCGCGCCCUGGGCGCCCUGGGGACCUUCCUGCGGGAGCGCGGGGGCCGCGCCGCUGCCCAGCCUUGGAGGGUGCUGAAAAUCGCCAAGGGAGGCUCCUCUGGCCGGGGCACAGCUCUGAGGGGUGGCUGUGAUUCCGAACUUGUCCUCUUCCUCAACUGCUUCAAGAGCUACGAGGACCAGGGCGUUCGCCAUGCAGAGAUCCUCAACGAGAUGCGGGUCCUGCUAGAAUCCUGGUGGCAGAAACCCAUCCCCGGUCUGAGCUUUGAGUUUCCCGAGCAGGACGCAGCCAGGGUCCUACGGUUCCGACUGGCAUCCACGGACCUCGAAAACUGGAUGGAUGUCAGCCUGGUGCCUGCCUUCGACGCUCUGGGACAGCUCAGUUCCGAUGUCAAACUCAAGCCCCAGAUCUACUCCCGCCUCCUCGACAGCGGCUGCCAGGGGGGCGAGCACGCGGCCUGCUUCGCGGAGCUGCGGAGGAACUUCGUGAACGUUCGCCCGGCCAAGCUGAAGAACCUGAUCCUGCUGGUGAAGCACUGGUUCCGCCAGGUGCGCCAGGGGGAGGCGAGGAGGGAGGAGCUGCCUCCAGCCUAUGCCCUGGAGCUGCUGACCAUCUUCGCCUGGGAGCAGGGCUGUGGGAAGGAGGCCUUCAGCCUGGCCCAAGGCCUCCGCACCGUCCUGGGCCUGAUCUGUCAGUAUCAGCACCUGUGUGUUUUCUGGACCCUCAACUACGGCUUCGAGGACCCUGCGGUCAGGUGGUUCUUGCGGUACCAGCUCGAGAGACCCAGGCCCGUGAUCCUGGACCCGGCUGACCCCACGUGGGACGUGGGGAACGGAGCAGCGUGGCACUGGGAUCUCCUGGCCCGAGAGGCAGAGUCUUGCUAUGAGCACCCGUGUUUUCUGCAGGCGGCGGGGGGCGCUGUGCAGCCCUGGGAGGGGCCCGGCCUUCCACGUCCUGGGUGCUCAGGUUUGGACCACCCCAUCCAGCGAGACUCUGCCCAGAGGGCCCCGGAGGAGAGCAGCAGUCUCAAUGCCGUGGACCCAAGUGCAGGGAGCAGGCAGCCCUCACGCCCAGCUCCCGGCCCCUCAGGGACAGCCAGCACCACCCCCUGUACUCUGGGGACGGCCUUGGAUCUGUCUCGCGUCAGCACCAAGGACCUGGACCGCUUCAUCCAGGACCACCUGAAACCGAACCCCCAGUUCCAGAAGCAGGUCAGCAAGGCCAUCGAUGUCAUCUUGCAUUGCCUCUGCGAGAAGCGUUUCCACAGGGCGUCCACAGUCAGCAAGGGGGGCUCAUUUGGCCGGGGCACAGACCUGAGGGGCUACGGUGAUGCCGAACUCGUCAUCUUCCUCAACUGCUUCGAGGACUACGGGGACCAAAGGGCCCGCCGCCUGGAGAUCCUUGAUGAGAUGCGGGCACAGUUGGAAUCCUGGUGGCAAGACCCAGUCCCCGGCCUGAGCCUCCGUUUUCCUGAGCAGACCGUGCCCGAGGCUUUACAGUUCCAGCUGGUGUCCCGGGCCCCAGGAAGCUGGAUGGACGUGAGCCUGCUGCCCAUCUUUGAUGCCGCGGGGCAGCUCUGUGCGGGCGCCAGACCUGAGCCCCAGAUCUACUCCAGCCUCCUCGACAGUGGCUGCCGGGGGGGCGAGCAUGUGGCCUGCUUCGCAGAGCUGAGGAGGAACUUCGUGAACACUCGCCCACCCAAGCUGAAGAACCUGAUCCUGCUCGUGAAGCACUGGUAUUACCAGGUCGCAGCUCGGAACAGAGGACGGCAGCCAGCCUGUGCCUCCCUGCCCCCAGUCUAUGCCCUGGAGCUCCUGACCAUCUUCGCCUGGGAGCAGGGCUGCAGGAACGAUUCUUUCAACACGGCUGAAGGCCUCAAGACGGUCCUAGGGCUCGUCCAGCAGCACCAGCAGCUUUGUGUCUACUGGACGGUCAACUACAGCUUUGAGGACCCAGCUAUCAGAACAUACCUUCUUGGCCAGCUUCAGAAACCCAGGCCCCUGCUCCUGGAUCCUGCUGACCCCACCUGGAAUGUGGGCCAGGGCAGCUGGGAGCUGUUGGCCCAGGAAGCGGCAGCUCUGGAGACACAGGCCUGCUUUAGGAAUAGACAGGGGACGUCUGUGCAGCCCUGGGAUGUGAUGCCUGCUCUCCUUUACCAAACACCAGCUGGGGACCUUGACAAGUUCAUCAGUGAAUUUCUCCAGCCCAGCCGCCAGUUCUUGGCCCAGGUGAACAAGGCCGUCAAUGCCAUCUGCUCAUUCCUGAGGGAAAACUGCUUCCGGAAUUCUCCCAUCAAAGUGCUCAAGGUGGUCAAGGGUGGCUCUUUAGCCAAAGGCACAGCUCUGCGAGGCCGCUCAGAUGCUGAUAUAGUGGUGUUCCUCAGCUGCUUCAGCCAGUUCACCGAACAAGGGAACAAGCGGGCUGAGAUCAUCUCAGAGAUCCGAGCCCAGCUGGAGGCAUGUCAGCAGGAGAUGCAGUUCGAGGUGAAGUUCGAGAUCCCCAAGUGGGAGAAUCCCCGCGUUUUGAGCUUCUCUCUGAUGUCCCAGACGAUGCUGGAUCAGAGCGUGGACUUUGACGUGCUGCCAGCCUUUAACGCCUUAGGCCAGCUGAGCUCCGGCAGGAGGCCCACGUCUCAAGUCUACGUCGACCUCAUCCACAGCUACAACAACGCGGGCGAGUACUCCACCUGUUUCACGGAGCUGCAGAGGGACUUCAUCGUCUCUCGCCCCACCAAGCUGAAGAGUCUGAUCCGAUUGGUCAAGCACUGGUACCGGCAGUGCAACAAGAUGCCCAAGGGGAAAGGCUCCCUGCCCCCCCAGCACGGGCUAGAGCUCCUGACGGUGCAUGCCUGGGAGCAGGGCGGCCGGGACCCCCAGUUCAACAUGGCGCAAGGCUUCCGCACCGUCCUGGAGCUGGUCAGCCGGUACCGUGAGCUCUGUGUCUACUGGACCGUCAACUACGACAACCAGGACAAGACUGUCAGGGACUUCCUGAGCCAGCAGCUUCAGAAGCCCAGGCCCAUCAUCCUGGAUCCAGCUGACCCGACGGGCAACCUGGGCCACAAUGCCCGCUGGGACCUGCUGGCCGAGGAAGCUGUGGCCUGCAUGUCUGCCCUGUGCUGCAUGGGCAGGGACGGCACCCCCAUCCAGCCAUGGCCAGCGAAGCUGGCAGGAGCGGCAGGAGCGAUGGGCAUCUGGGGGUCGCAUCUGUACUCCGUGCAGCCGGAGAAGCUGGAGGAGUUGAUUCAGAACUCCCUGAGGCCCUAUGGAGAAUGUCAGAAACAGAUCGAUGACACGGUGAACGCCAUCUGUGCCUUCCUGGAGGAAACCAGGCAGCUCCCCCAAGUGAUAUGUGUGGCUAAAGGUGGCUCCUAUGGCAGGAAAACGGUGUUGAGGGGCAACUCCGAUGGUACGAUUGUCAUCUUUGUGAGUGACCUUGAGCGGUUUCAGGAUCAGAAAAAAAGCCAAGAUGAAAUCCUCAGCAAGAUCUGGCAGGGGCUGAAAACCCAUCAGCUCACAAUGAAGCUGGAGGCCAGAAUGGAGAUCCGGAAGCUCCAUGGUAGGCUCAUCUUCCAGCUGUCCACCAAAUGGCAGAGCAUCACUUUUGAGGUGCUCCCUGCUUACAACGCUCUGGGCUUAAGUGAGAAGCCCAGCCCCCAGAUCUACCGAGAGCUCAAAAGAGCCCUGGAUAUGACAAAAGCCCUCCCCGGCGAAUUCUCCGUCUGCUUCACAGAACUCCAGCAGAAGUUUUUUCACAACCGUCCCAGAAAACUGACAGAUUUGAUCCUCUUGGUAAAGUACUGGUACCAACAGUGCCAGGCAAAGCUGAAAGAGUCACCCCCGCUGCCCAAGUAUGCUCUGGAGUUGCUGACAGUCUACGCCUGGGAACAGGGGUGCGGAGCAGAAAACUUUGACAUCGUGGAAGGCCUCAGAACCGUCCUGGGGCUAAUCAAACAGCAGGAGCAGCUGUGUGUCUACUGGAUGGUCAACUACAACUUUGAGAAUGAGACGGUCCGGAACAUUCUGCUGAGCCAGCUCCGGUCAUCAAGGCCGGUCAUCUUGGACCCAGCCGACCCGACCAACAACGUGGGCAAAGAUAAGGCGUGCUGGCAAAUGCUGCAGCAGGAAGCUCACAUCUGGUUGUCAUGUCUCAGCCCGAACGAGCCACCUGGGCCGUCGUGGAAUGUUCUGCCAGCGCCACUGUAUGCGACACCGGGCCACCUUCUGGAUAAGUUCAUCAAGGACUUUCUCCAGCCCGACAGAAAUUUCCUGGACCAGAUUGCGACAGCUGUUGACAUCAUCUGUAGAUUCCUUCAAAAAAAUUGCUUUCCACAUUCAGCUACAAGAGUUCAGAAAACUGUCAAGGGAGGGUCGACCGGCAAAGGCACGGCUCUGAAGACGGGCUCCGAUGCCGACCUCGUGGUGUUCCCAGACUCGCUUAAAAGCUACACCUCCCAAAAAAGUGAGAGGUGCAGUAUCAUCAAGGAAAUCCGUAAACAGCUAGAAGCCUGUCAGCAGGAGAAAAAGCUCGAAGUGAAGUUUGAGAUUUCAAAAUGGAAGGCUCCCAGGGUGCUGAGCUUCUCUCUAAAAUCCAGAGUGCUCAACGAAAGGGUUGACUUUGAUGUGCUGCCUGCAUUUAAUGCGCUAGGUCAGCUGAACUCCGGCUCUACACCCAGCCCCAAGGUCUACGCGGAGCUCAUUGACCUGUAUAAAUCCUCAGACGCCGAGGGGGGAGAAUUUUCCACCUGUUUCACGGAGCUGCAGUGCAACUUCGUGGCCUUCCGACCCAUCAAGCUGAAAGAUUUAAUUCGUCUGGUGAAGCACUGGUACAAACAGUGUGAAAGGAAACUGAAGCAAAAGGGGUCUCUGCCCCCGAAGUACGCCUUGGAGCUGCUCACCAUCUACGCCUGGGAGCAGGGGAGCGGGGCAGAGAAUUUCGACACCGCCGAGGGAUUCCGGACGGUCCUGGAGUUGGUCACAAAAUACCAGCAGCUCUGUGUCUUCUGGACGGUCAAUUACAACUUUGAGGAUGAGACCGUGAGGAACUUCCUACUGACCCAGAUCCAGAGAACCAGGCCCGUGAUCUUGGACCCGGCUGACCCCACUGGUGACGUAGGUGGAGGGGACCGAUGGUGUUGGCAUUUUCUGGCAAAAGAAGCUACUGAAUGGCUGUCCUCUUUCUGCUUCAAAGAUGGGACUGGAUAUCCCGUACGAUCGUGGAAAGUGCCAACAGUGCAGACUCCAGGAAGUUGCGGAUGUUCUCAUUCAGAAGUCAUAGGAUCCUGGAUUGCUAAUGCUAGAAGAAACUUCUAGAGGUCAUCUGGCAGCUGCUUUUCAAAGAACCAGUUCGCUGCGUAGAAUCGCAAUCCCUUGGCAAUCUCCACCACUCCGUCUCUCGCUUCUUCGGCUCCUCUUGAAAUCAAGACCACUAAGUCCUUCAUAGUGUCGCCCUGCUGAACUCUUGCUCUGUAAGUGACCCGCCUUAACAAAAAUACCUGCUCUCAUCCAGCUUCGUGGGCGCCAUAUUUCUCUCAGCCAUUGUGUUUCAUGGGCGCCAUAUUUCUGUCAACCGUCGUGUGUUUUCCAAGUUGCUCCUUCCUUUUCCUUCAAGCCUUAGCACGGGGAUCUCUCCGUGUUCCCAAAAGGAAGCCCUUCACCGGCCACUCGGUUCCUAUAAUUCCAUGACCUUGCUCUCACGCUCCUCCACAUUGCCCGCCUCUUGUCUGUUUCCCUCCACCCCUGCUGCACCUGCUGAAUUGAAGGUCUCCCCAGCCAGUAGUGAGCCAAUGUCUUUUUUAGCCCUUUAAACCCUCCAAAGGCUUGGAUUAUAACUGUUGCCUUACAUAUAUAAUAGCUUGUUGUCUUUUCCUUCUGAGCCUACAUUUCCCCCCAUCCAUGAGUGCCUUCUUGCCAAAUCUAAAGGCUUUAUGCUCUGGCUUUAGCUUCAGAGAUACUUGAAUGUCUAAGCGUUUUAACCUCAUCCAUCCACUUAAAGUUUUAUUAACACCACAUAUACUAACUGUCAUAUAAUAAGGAAUGUAUCUAGUCUUUGUCCCCAGAUCCUGGCACAGAGCUUCAGAACCCCUUGGAAUUAUCUGAUAGCAGAGUCUUUUCCAUUCAUAAGGAGCCCCUUCCAACCAUCCCCGAGUUUAUGCUAACUAGGUUUGGGCCCUUAGGUAACAGCUUCAUGGGAAGGACUGGCCAUGCCCCAGAAAUGCCAGGCGUGUGAUUAGAGGGUUGCAACCCCCAGCCGCGUCCCCCCCCCCAACCUCCCAAGAGGAGAGGGGGCUGGAGAUUGAGUUCAAGCACACGGCAAACGAUUUAAUUAAUCGUGGCUCUGUAAUGAAACUUCCAGUCCAGACUCUGGACAACAAGGCUUGGAAAGCUUCCUGGUUGGCGAACAUAUCAGGGUGUGGUGACGGUGCCUCCUGACUCCAUGGGGAAGGGAGUUUCUGCACUUGGGACCCUUCCAGCCCUCACUUCCUGUGGCUGUUCGUCUGUAUCCUUUAUAAUAAGUCGGUGAUUUAAGUCUGGCGUUCCCCCUGAGUCCUGUGAGUCAUUCUAGCAGGUUAUUGAACCUACAGGGGGUCAUGGGAAAGCCCUGAAUUUGUGGCCAAGUCCGACAGGAGUGCGAGUAGUCUGAGGACGCCUCUUGCAGCCGGCAUCUGAGGAGGGGGCGGUCUUGCCGGGACCUUGCCCUCUACCCCAUGGGGUCUGCACCAGCUCCAGGUAACGUCAGAGUUGGACUGACCUGCAGGACGGUCAUGCCAGUGAGCCGGUGUUGGGAUAUACCACCAUUCUUGUCCCAGGACAAGGACAAAGGAACGAGCGAUGACCGAGGUUGAAGAAAGAACGACCGCUGAGUUCCCACCUAUGCAGUCUACCGCUAGUUACCAGACCCUUCUAGACGCCCGAACUUGCACUUCAGACAUAGACAGGAGACCAUAAGACCCUGCUGCAUCCUCACAGAGCUUACAACGUCGCUAGAGGUACAUCACCUAAAUCCCUCAAAUCAAGAUGAAGAACCAUUGACAACCUCAAGCUAAGCGGUCGGCAUGGAGUGGAUUAAGGCCUGUAACCAUAAAGGAAGUGACUCACAGAGUCCCAAAGGAAGGAACCACCCUGGUCCUUUUCUGCCAAUGUCUUCUCGGCAUUCAGCAGACAUUUAAGUUCAUUAAGAGCAAAGAGAGCAUUCAUUCGUCACCAUCAAGAAACCGACGGUCAUGGGUCAGCACUGGGAGGAACGAGGGCACCAAGUCUUUUUUCAGAAAUUGGCAACUCACGGGGGCGCCUGGGUGGCUCAGUCGGUGAAGCGUCCGACUUCGGCUCAGGUCACGAUCUCGCGGUUCGUGAGUU